GUGGUGAAUUUCCCAAGAGAAACAUACUGUAUCUUGCACCUUGUCUUCUGCCAAACCCAGCCUCUUUGGCUUUUGGAGAGUGGAUUGCGGGAGUUCCCAGAAACCUGAAGCUGGCUUUAGGUUACAGGACGCAUCUUCCGGUUAAACCUAGCCAGACGCGGCUGUUGCAAACACAAUUUUCACUGGAAAAGGAAAAAACCCACAAAGAGGAUGGGAGAACAGGAGACGUCCCGGCACGGGAGCCAGGCUUUGCUGGCGAUAGCUACGUUCUUCUUCUCCAUGUUGGCUGCAGCCAACAGCCUGCGGUGCUAUCAGUGUGUGGGGAUGUUCCAUGAAUGCGUCCAGUCCGAGCAGCUCUGUACGCCCAGGGAUCGCUCCUGCUUCUCAUCUACCAUCAAGCUCUUCUAUACAAACAACUACGCUGGAGUUUUUAUGCUGCCAGACUUGGAAAUAGCCGAAUACGUAAUGAAAGGCUGCUCUGGGGAGGGCGUGUCCAACCGCACAGCCAAUGUGUACUCUGAAGAUGACCGAGAGGUGCACAAUACUUACUACUGUGACUCAGACCUCUGUAACAUCCGUUUCACAGGCGUUCCGGCCACUUCUCCCCAGGUGGCCAAUGGCAUGGAGUGUUACAGUUGCUUCGAUCGAGGCACUGGAGAGUGUGCUCCAGGGAAUGCCACCCGGAUCAAGUGUUUGGGGGACAUGAAUCAGUGCAUGGAUUUUACUGUGACCGACGGUGCCUGGAAAAUGACCUACCGGACGUGUGGCCUUGAGACACUGUGCCGCCGCCAGUAUGUACUCCCGGAGCUCUCGGGAAGGCUGGACAUCAGCUGCUGUUCCACCCCGCUGUGUAAUGAUGGCCGGCCGGGACAGAAGAGCAUCUGCAGUCACUUUUCAGAGCAAGGGGUCAAGCAGAAGCCUGAAAAUGGCCUGGAAUGCGCUAGCUGCUGUGACUCUGGACAAGGGGAAUGUGCCACAGGGAACUGGACUCAUGUCAAGUGUGUCGGGGACCAGAACAUGUGUGUGAAUGUCACAGAGGAAGGCCAGACGUUGCUGCGUGGCUGCAGCUUGGAGAAGCUUUGCCGGGAGAAGCCACAGCUGCUGGGCCUGAGCCGGAAUGCCUCCAUCCAAUGCUGCUCUGGCUCCCUCUGCAACCGCAGCAUGGAGCUGACCUCCAGGGCUAUGCUGAUGCACUUGCUGCUGCCUGCUCUCCUGAUGAUGAUGAUGCGGCUGCUCUGACGGACACCCAUGGAUGCGUGGACUCCACCGAAAGGCCCAAAGACAGGAGAAGGGCAGAGAGCACUUGACCAGCACUGCAUGCACAGUUGCAUUCUUGCAGCCAAUGCGACAUUUUUGUCACCUGCAACGUUGCUCUGGUCUGCUAUGCAUCGUAGGUGCCUGCGCAUUGCAGCAUCCGGUCCAAGAAUGUGGCAAUGUUGCAUGCAAGGCCGGGCUCCACGGCACACUCUGUGAUUUCUGCUUCCUACUUCCCAGACUGGAACUUUCAGGGAAGGGUCAGUUUCCUUGCAAGGGAAGAGAGAUCUGUUUACAAAUGAUUCCAGGAUGGCGGCAAUAGGCUGGCAGAGACACCCAGACUCGUAGUACCAGUCCUGAAAUAAUGUCAGUCUUCCCCAAAGUGACCACACACCCUCGCAACUGCUUCUCGUCUGCCAACCUCAGAAGCCCUGGCUUCCUUCUCUCUCGCUGCCCUGAUUGAAACUAGAGAGCUGUUUUCUUCAUUCCAGGUGUGGUGGUAGGACACAAACAACAGCGACUUGGCAUGGCUACUAUCCAUGGAAGACCUUUAAGCAGUCACCUCCAUCUCUUGCCUGCUGGACCAAAGCCUAAAAAGAGUGGAGUGGUUAUUGAGCACAUAUCCUGAUUUGCUUGUGCAAAGCUUAAUGCAGAAGUUAGACUAUGGGUGUCAUAGGUGCCAACUCCCUGGGGCCCUGGGUGCCCAAGCACUCACAAAAUUCCCCACAAAGGGGCUGGGCACCCACAAAUUUCUGUGCCAGGGCCAUGCAUGCUGUGUGGCACCCACGGUCGUGGGGCCAAACUGGCACUCCUGAUGAGUGUGCUCACAUCAGCACCUUAGAGUGCGGUGAAGUUGUCCCCCGCAGUGUAUUCAGCUGUUCCCUCCUGCCAGGCAUUGUUCACACCAGCACAGCUUCAUUAAUGUCAGAUUCGUUUCUGUUUCUGUACACACCCGGGGGUAUUGACAGGGCAAAGUUUGUCUUUACACUAUGCAACAGUGGUCCCACCUUGGCUAGAGAUGAAUAAGGACCAGCUUAUUCGGCGUCAAGCUCAUUUGAGAAGUAACACACCACGCAGUAGUGUUUCAUUACAAAGUACAGGGUAUGUGUUUUGGACAAGGUAGUGUGAAAUCCGUUAAAAACCCAGCCCUGGAAAUGCAGCAAGUGCACAGUAAACUGGGGCUUCUUCAUAGAACGUUUGUUCUGAUUUGCUCGUGGGGAGGUUAGACAACAAACAGCAAUCUAUCCUGACUUGCUUGGCUAUGUGUCUUCUCAUUCAUCUUUUCCUCAUCCCACACUUGAAGUUUGCUUUUCCCGUCUUAUUCCUAACCACAGAAAGUCUGUUUUCAUUUUUAAUUGGAUCUCGCUGCCCCAGGGCAGCAGUGUUUUAAUACUUGCACAAACCUAAAUGUCCUGUCUGCAAUGCCUCCCACAAAAUACCAACAGUCUGGAGAGGCGACCUUGCACCACCAAGCAGCAUGCUCUUGCAGCCUCCUGCGCCUGGCUCUUGUUGUGGGUGUAAUUUCACUCACUGCUUCGGGGUUGCGGGCAUUGUUCCAUGCCAUUGCUGCUGCAAUAUUUCACCUGUGCUGCAGGAUUCCAUUGCACACCUGAUAGCAGCAGGGGCUCAUCGAGUAGCAGUGGAGGCUGCCCAAAGCAGCAGCAGUGAAGAGGUCUUGGGAUUAAUAAUAGGGGAUUAAUAGGGGAAACCCUCCACCUGGGUACUGGACUUCACCUUUGGGCAAACUGGGCUGGUGAAGCCUUUUGGCUCCAAAGCGUAGAAUCUGAUGGCUUCACAGUUUCACUUCAAACUGUUGUAAGCCAAAAAUAGCUUAUCUCCUGAGUUUAUGCCAAUAAAACUCAGAAA